AUGGACCUGUAUGCCUCCAGAACAACGAAGUGUAGUCUGAUCUACGGUGAAGGCUGUCUCCUGCCCACCAUCAUGGACCAGUACGCCUCCAGAACAACAAAGUGUAGUCUGAUCUACGGUGAAGGCUGUCUCCUGCCCACCAUCAUGGACCUGUACGCCUCCAGAACAACGAUGUGUGCAGGUCAGAUCAUCGACCUGUACGCCUCCAGAACAACGAAGUGUAGUCUGAUCUACGGUGAAGGCUGUCUCCUGCCCACCAUCAUGGACCUGUACGCCUCCAGAACAACAAUGUGUGCAGGUCAGAUCAUCGGUGUACGCCUCCAGAACAACGAAGUGUGCAGUGUCACGCCUCCAGAACAACGAAGUGUGCAGGUCAGAUCAUCGACGUGUACGCCUCCAGAACAACGAAGUGUGCAGGUCAGAUCAUCAGACCUGUACGCCUCCAGAACAACGAAGUGUGCAGGUCAGAUCAUCGACCUGUACGCCUCCAGAACAACGAAGUGUGCAGGUCAGAUCAUCGACCUAUCAUCGAUCAUCGACCUGUACGCCUCCAGAACAACGAAGUGUGCAGGUCAGAUCAUCGACCUGUACGCCUCCAGAACAACGAAGUGUGCAGGUCAGAUCAUCGACCUGUACGCCUCCAGAACAACGAUGUGUGCAGGUCAGAUCAUCGACCUGUACGCCUCCAGAACAACGAAGUGUGCAGGUCAGAUCAUCGACCUGUACGCCUCCAGAACAACGAAGUGUGCAGGUCAGAUCAUGGACCUGUACGCCUCCAGAACAACGAAGUGUGCAGGUCAGAUCAUGGACCUGUACGCCUCCAGAACAACGAAGUGUGCAGGUCAGAUCAUCGACCUGUACGCCUCCAGAACAACGAAGUGUGCAGGUCAGAUCAUGGACCUGUACGCCUCCAGAACAACGAAGUGUGCAGGUCAGAUCAUGGACCUGUACGCCUCCAGAACAACGAAGUGUGCAGGUCAGAUCAUCGACCUGUACGCCUCCAGAACAACGAAGUGUGCAGGUCAGAUCAUGGACCUGUAUGCCUGCAGAACAACGAAGUGUGCAGGUCAGAUCAUCGACGACUUUGCCCACCCCGGACACCCCGUUUUUCAAAGCCUCCACUCUGGCAGACGGUUUAGGUCUCUGAACAGUUUCUUCCCCCCCCCGUGCUGUGGUCCUCAUCAACCGGCCGUCGGGCUCAUAGGGAUUAAGUGACUUUGCAUUGAGCCGAUAGAGACCCACAUUGGAGGUGUCUCUUAUCAAUAUAUUGUGCUCUAUUUACUAUCAGAUUCAAAAAUUAUAUUUAGCAUCAAAAUAGACAUUAUACAAAACUACAAAUCCAUGGCAGUUCCUGCACGUCAUCUCUAGCAAACACCUUUACUAACAGGUAUUGUGUCAAUUUUAAACUUGCACCAGACAGUUCAGAGAAUUGUCCAUUUAAAUACAAUUUUGCCAAGGUAUUCAUUACUACAUUUAGCUAAUAUUAGAUAGUUCAUCCAGAGAUUCUUACCUUUGUCUCGAUUCAGCAGUGUCAUCUAGAUCCUCAUGGUAUUUGCAGUUAUUUAUGAUAGCCACAUUAGCAGCUAAUUACCAUUUCAUUUUUGGUGGGUAAAAAAAAAGUUCCCUUUUUCCUAGAGGGGUUAACACAGUUAUCGUCAAGCCAGGGUAAGCCUAAGCCAGGGUAAACCUAAACCAGGGUAAGCCUAAGCCAGGGUAAGCCUAAACCAGGGUAAGCCUAAACCAGGGUAAGCCUAAACCAAGGUAAGCCUAAGCCAGGGUAAGCCUAAACCAGGGUAAGCCUAAACCAGGGUAAGCCUAAACCAG